UCAACAAGUGUAAACCACCACUAAACCAUUAAAGAUAGAGAAGUGACCAAAUGCAUACAUACAGAUAUCACUACACAGAAAAAGAGUAAAAAUAAUGGAAUAGCUGAACUUGUAAAAGAAGUGGGAAGCAAAGAACAUCUCUGAAAACAGCCAAGAGAUAUAAAAAUAGAAAUUGGAAGCUAUGUGAGCGCACAAGUCGAGAGUUAGCUAGUUCGUUGAAUAAAUACAACAAUAGUAAAAACAUAGGCCUAAGCCACGCUUUGAAACUAGCCACUGAACUGAAGGCAAUGAAACCUGCUACAAGUAUUAUAUGCAUGUUUGUAUGAGUGUAUACAUUAUCGGCCACAAAAAAAAUAAUACUUGAACUUGGAUUUAUUAUGAAAUGCGUACAUAUUGUAUGUAUGUAAUUACAAUUGAAUUAGGGUGUUUGCCGAUUUACUUCUUCGAACGCCUGGACAAAAAUCAUCACUCAUCAUUCUCAUAUAUUUGCCACUAGACCUUCCUUUCAAUGAUAACGAGAAAUUUUCUGUUUAAAAACGACGUCGAUAAGGCCAGUGAGAAUCCCUUCAAUUCAAWUGAAAUCUUUUGCUGUGAAUAUUGGUACUGUACCUUUUACUUACAGACGUCCAUUUGACAGCCAUCUUAACCGACUUAUUGGGUGCAUUCUUUGGGAAGAGUCACAUUUUCUUUACAAUGAAACUUACAUACUAUGUAUGUACAUAUAUAUAGGAACAACUGUCUAUGAGAACUCGUCACUGGUUAGCGAAUUCCCAAGACACAGUUUUCGUGUGUUUUAAUUAAUCGUGUAACAUCUUAAUUAAUGAUCCCACGUGAGCUUUUAUAUCCAACACAUUGGAUGCACACCGUUGGGCGAGUGUAUCGCUCGGAAAUGUACAUGCAUACAUGUGAUAGAUGUGCUUACUUAAAGUCGUAAGAAGAGUCACGGUUUGAAAAUAUUCUAAAAUAAUUCUAUUUUUUCCAAAGCCUUCACGAAUUAGUCAUAAAGCUCCUACGGUUAAUUUAAACCGUAAACUACUAUAAAUUGUAACAAAUUAGUGUAUCGUUACGGUAUUUUCAUAUAGUUGACUAGUGAUAUGGAUAAAAUUGGAGUCAAUCCACUGCUUUUCAAACUGGAUGGGGCAGCAGUUGGCAACCUAAUUCUAGCAAUAUGGCCACGGCGACGGUGAAAAAGCACUGUUUGCUGCAUUUAAUAAUAAAAGUAGCCCUUGUAGGCAGGUGCGUGGGAGAGGCUUCAAAAACCGACGUAUGAUUACAUUGAAAUUUGCUGAACCAAUUUUGGAGGAUUAUUAUCGAAAGUGACAUAUUGUGACUCUCCAUUCAAAAGCCCCGGUCGAGUUACCGACCAAUAUUGUUUUUUUUUUUCAUGUUUCCAAAAUAUGAGGAUACGUCUGCUUCCACACGCAGUUAAAACAAAAUCGCCUCAAAUUUCUACUGCGAUGGAGGCGCCAUCGGGUGGUGAAGCUCAAUAUUUAUCGGACCGCCCUCCUAUGUAUGUGCGUACAUAUAUAUGAAUGCGRCAAUGCACAGCAGGGAAAUUUUGAAUUGCCAACCGGUUGCACGAGCAAAGCUACAAAUUGUUUUCGUAAAUCCAUUGCUCAAUUCACUAAAUAUCUAAGAUGGUCAAUGCGCUGGCGAUGGUGGAUAUUGAAUGUUCGGGGUUGUGAUUAUGAACGGAGUGUAAAGUUAGCGUAGCCGCUGAUGAUUAAUAACUAUAAUGGCAUCUGGUUGACUAACGCUGCAGAACAAUUACAACGAGCGCUAAUAAAAUAACAGCUUAAAAUCGCUCGCUAUAACCGUGCAUCGUUAUAACUCGACUGAUAACCGUUACCUAUUGUUGGUAAUUACAAAAGGCAAACUCUUCCGUUCACUCGUAAAUUUAAUUACUUAUUCGCAACACAACGUACGUUGGGUAACAACACCAAAGACAACUCUAGUCUUUUCCUUUGUUGAAGCGCAAAGCUUGCAAGUCAUACGUAACCAACUGUACUUACCGACACGGAUACAUAUAUUCAACACCACUGGCAUUAAAAAAAACUCCAACAACGGCUCCCUCUAACACAUAUGACAUAAUGCGCGAGGACGACAUCGAAAUCGCCAUUAAGGUGGUGAUUGUGGGUAACGGCGGUGUUGGGAAAUCAUCCAUGAUACAACGCUAUUGUAAGGGUAUUUUCACCAAGGACUAUAAGAAAACGAUUGGUGUGGAUUUUCUGGAACGACAAAUCGAAAUUGACGGUGAGGAUGUGCGCAUAAUGUUAUGGGAUACUGCGGGACAAGAGGAGUUCGACGCCAUAACCAAAGCUUACUAUCGUGGUGCGCAGGCGUGUGUGCUCACUUUCAGCACGACCGAUCGCGCCUCAUUCGAAGCCAUCAGAGAUUGGAAGCGUAAAGUGGAAAAUGAAUGCAAUGAGAUACCAACCGUAAUUGUACAGAAUAAAAUUGACCUCAUCGAACAGUCAGUUGUAACUGCAGACGAAGUAGAAACUCUGGCGCGCAAUUUGAAUUGCCGCCUCAUACGAACUUCCGUUAARGAGGAUGUGAAUGUGGCAUCCGUUUUCCGAUAUUUGGCUACUAAAUGUCACCAGCUGAUGCUGGGCGAAAACACCGAACAGUCAUACACACCUAAUGGUGGUGGUAGUGGUAGCACCGGCGUAAAUGGUACUUCGAAUGGUCAUCAGCCCACAAUUAGUGCCUUCAGUCCAACAUUCACAAAGUCCAAUAGUGGCACGAUCGUGUUGCGAGCAGCCAAAAAGAGUUCAWCAGCGCGGAAACGUAAAAUUGUGCUAAAGAAAUGCGGCAUUUUGUGAUUUGCGUGACAACAGCUGGUASGUAGUGAGCAAUUGGAUGAGUAGAGGAUUACAUGUGGACAAGAUGUGUGCAAGAAAACGGGCACGAACACGUUGAGUAUUGGAAUAUUUGAUGAUAGAGGGAAGAUCGUGCAGCUGCUUGAACGGAAUGAAGAUGAAGUCUCCCACGGCUCCUCGGUCAUUGAACUCGACUAACUAUCAUAUACUAAACACUUUAUGACUGCUAGACUGAUACAUAAAUAUAUAUGCAUAA